AUGAGCGACUCGGAAACUUUCAUCCAGUUGCCCCUCGAGAUGGACGCCGACUCCAAGGUCGUCACCAUGCCCGAAGUCUACAGCACUCCCUCUCACACGGCGGAGCUCGCGGCUCUCAACGAUCUGCAUCGACAGCUAAUCGCACUCAAUGCGCCCAUUCCGCCGCCGCCGCUACCUGUCAACCCCAAGCGCUCCGCCAACGUCACGAAGCUGCGUGAGUCCGGUAAUACCUACUUCCGCCAGGCCAAGCACGCCGAUGCUUUACGCAUGUACUCUCUCGGCCUCGAAAUGGCCCUCAAACGGCCCCUUUGGGAGCCCUGCGCCCUCUCACGCGAUGAGGUUGCCUGUCUCUACGCCAACCGUGCCCAAGUCCACAUGGCCAUGCAGAACUGGCCACAAGGUGCCAUCGACGCCGAGUCUAGCGUCGAAGCCAAGAAAGCCGGAAACGCCAAAGCUUGGUGGCGUAGAGGUCGCUGUCUAUCGGAAAUGGGCCGGCUCGACGAGGCGAGGGAAUGGUUGAUUCGCGGUCUAGAAAUCGAAGGUGAUGAGGCCGACUUAUUGUCUCUCUUGAAGGAAAUAACAAAGACGAAAAAACGGAACAAUAACUCAGUCUAA